GAAAGACAUGAUAUUUAAGCGGACAUUUUCACUUUUAGGUUAGCCUUGUGAAACAAUUUGAUUUGUAAAGCGGCAUUAUAUUAGUAUUUUAAUUCUGCUUUUGGCGGUUUUAGGUUUUUAAUCUGAAAUCUUGAGUUUCAGUUUCGGAUCGUAUUUAAUGUUGUGCAACGUGUUUGUAAUAAAAGUGUUAACAUUAUUACAGAUUUUUAUAUUUACUGGAAAAUAUUUAAGCACCUUCUAAGGUAUAAGGAUUUUUCCCCAAUCGUAUUCAAAAAUGAGUGAAGAUAGACGGAAAAAUGCAAGAACCCAAGGACGGUUUUCAGGUGGCGAUAGAGAAGGUAACUCAAGAUGGCACGAUAAACAAAAUUCUAAAACAACUUCAGCAGAUAAAAAUAAAGGUGAAAAAAGAAAAGCUCCUGUUGUUGGAUCAAGAGCACAAAAUGAAAUUGAUUUACAGUUUGAAGAAGACAGUAACUAUAAAUUCAAAGAACUUGAAACUCCAGGAAAACCACAAGAAUUAAAAUUUACUGGACCUGAAUUUAUACUCAGUGAAACAGAUAAUGGAAUUUCAAGACUGAUAUAUGAUCCAGACUUUAUGCAGUUAGCUGAAGCUGAAGAAUACAAGACAAUAUUGCGUAACUCUACUGCAUGGUAUGAUAAAAAUAUUGUCAUAAGAGGGGUAGAAUAUCCCCAGCCACGAUUAGUUGCUUGGUAUGGGCCUCAUCCAUAUAGCUAUGCUGGAACAACAUUAGAAGCUAGAGAAAUGCCCAAUACGAUUCGAGAAAUAAAAGAAAAAGUUGAAGCAAGUUUACAGGAACAUGGUAUUAAUGUUGAACUAAACUCAGUGCUUCUAAAUUUGUACAGAAAUGGGAAAGAUAGUGUAGCAUGGCAUAGUGAUGAUGAAUUUACUUUAGGAGUGUGUCCUACUAUCGCUUCAGUUUCUCUGGGCGAAACGAGAAAAUUUGAAAUGCGUCCAAAAAGAAAUGUAGAAAAUGUCAAUACAAGCGAUAUAUUAUUUGUAAAUCUAACACAUGGUAGUCUUAUUGUCAUGGAUGGAUGCAUGCAGAAAGAUUGGCAGCAUCGAGUUCCAAAAGAAUAUCAUGAUAAGGGUGAAAGAAUAAAUUUAACCUUUAGAACAAUUUAUCCUAUUGAUCAGCUUCCACCAGAAAUGCCCUAUGUGUCAAAUAUGAAGUCUGCUAAAACUCCUAGUGCUAAAGUAGAUCAUCAACAAGAUCAUAAAUUUGAUGCAGAAAGUUUUCCGCCUCUUGGAAUGGAAGUUAAUGACAAAAAAAAUAAAUGUUUACCAAAGGAAAAUUAUAAUAAAGAUUACCAACAAUCUGUUAAACAAAGAAAACACCAGAAGGAAGAAAACUGGGAUGAUGAAAUGUUUCAAAAUGUUGAAGGAAUGGAAGAAGCUUCAAAAAUCCAGAACAAUCUUAAUAAAAAGUCAAGUCCUAAACCAACUGUUGAUUCACUUGAAUUACAUCCUAGUCAAAGUGACAAUAAUUCAAAUAUUAAGGAAUCUGCUAAAAUUUGUAAUAUUACCCCUAGUGAUUUUACAAAAUGUGAGUACUCAGAUAGUUCUGCAGAGUAUCAGUCACACAGUGUGCCAAAUGACAGCUAUUCAUUUGAAUUUGAAGAUCCAAGUACAUCUGAAAACAAACCUCUUAAAAUCGACCCAGAAUCUGUUGAAAUCAAUGCAAUAACAAUGGAUUCGGGUAAAAAGUAUGUGUUAAAUGCAGAUGCCCCAGAUUUUGUACCACAAAAAAAAUUUGAAAAAUACUCUUUUUAUCAACUUGCAAAGAAAUGUUCAGAUCUUAAAAAUGAAGAACUCCCGGAAUUCACAGAAGCGCUUUUUAAAUGUUUAGAUAAAAAUGAAUCUCAUUUUUGCGCCCGUGAUUUCUAUGAACUUGAGGUCUACUUUAAGUUAAUGGAAGAUGGCUCAUUAAAUGUUAAACAUCAAAAGAUUGUUAUAGGAAGAAUCGGUUCAAUGAUAUUAAAUGGUUUUCAUAAGAAGAAUGAAAAACGAUACAGAAAUCCAAGUAAUUCUUUUGAUGAGAAUAAUUAUCAGAAACAUAGACAAUCCUAUGGAAGAUCACCAAGGUAUUAAAUUUGUGACUUUCAUAUGGAGAAUAAUUCUGCAAGCAUGUUUUCCAGCCUUUUUUAUCAGUACAGAUUUAUGUAAACUGUACUAUAAAAAUAAAGAAUCUAUUUCUUGGAGAUAGUUUAAUCGUUUUUUAAUAAAAAUAUAAAUUUUUGAUUCUAUGAAAUCUUUUAAAGGAUAACUAUGUACAUGUCAUUGUAAUAUUUUAUUGUGUGUUAU